AGUUUAGACGUACGUAAAUAGCGGAUCUGUACGCAGUAGUAACGUGUAACUGCAGACCAAAGUGACUACAUUGGUCUUCUGAAUACUUGCUUUCCGUAACAACCGACAGUUAUGUGGUCAUUCAGUCAAACGUGGAAAACCUACACGGACUUUACAACAAACACAGGCAUAUAGUGCAUGUAUUCUCCAGCUUUCAGCAUAAUUUGAGCUGAGUGACGGAAAAGGCUGAAAACUGCCGUUGCAUGUUGCAGUUUAUUUCAAACUGUGUGUAAUAAGUGGAGGUGAAGCUGGUCCACUGUAAGAGCACAAACCCUCAACAUGGUGAGGGUGGACCUGGAUCAGGUGGUGAUGAGGAGGAUGAAGGAGGAUGACAUUGAAGUUGUCAAAGCCCUCAUCAAGGAGGGCUGCGAGGGCACAGAAAACCGUCUCAUCCUCCACAUCCUCACGCGUCCACUCUGCCUUUUCAUCCUGGCUGUUUUCUCCUCAAUCUUGCGCUGCCUUGUCCACUCCUUUAUCCUUGCUCUUGCUAUUCCUGUCUUCCUGCUGAUUAUCUUCCUCAAGAUUACCAUGCCUCGGUCGACUGGGGUUCUGGGGAGCAGCCGCCCAUCGUGGGACUACGUGGGUAGCAGCUAUAGGGGUACACACGAUGAAACAAUGGAAAACCCCUAUGGUAGAAUCAGUGGUAAGACACCAGUGACAAAAAAGCCAAGACGCAAAGUAGGAUCCAAAGACAAAGACAAGGACAUCUUAACAGAGAAGAUCACCCCAGAGAGAGAGCAGGCAGCCGGGCAGGUCUGGGUGGCAGACAUGGAGGGUGAGAUCGUAGCCUGCAUCUUCCGAGAGAGUGAGAAGCGAGCAGGUAUCAGGAGGAUCUGCAGGUUGGUGACGAGCUGCUGGUACCGCAGGGAGGGCCUGGGUCGACUGCUUGUCCAGAGUCUGGAACAGAGAGAGAGGGAGAAUGGUGCACACAGGGUCUAUGCACACAUCCCUUAUCCCUCCAAGGUGGGGGAAGCCUUCUUUAGAAAAUUGGGCUAUCAGCUGCUGGGGGAAGAAACUGAAGAAACAGAGGAUCAAGAAUGGAAGCUGGAGACUCCAGAGAGAGGCUUUCUGGGAUAUCCACUCACUAAAGUGUUUUACAAAGACCUUUGAUGAUGGACUCAUGGGAGGAAAAAAUGGCACUGAAUGCAGGAAUAGCUAAAGGUAAAAAAGAAAUAAAUUUAUGGUGGGUGUCAUUGCUGCAAUAUGUAAGAAUAAUGUUACGUUAAAAAUUUUUGUGUUUUUGUUAUUUAUUCAAGUAUUUAUUUAUUCUGUGUUGAUGUUCAGAUUUUAGCUUAAGUGAAUUUUUACAUUUGCACCAUGUCUCCGUUUCUGUAAAAAAAAAUUAUUUAUUCAACAUUUCAAGAUUGCUUCAUGCCACAGGCAUCUAUCAUUUAUCAUUUGUAAAAGCUGUAAAAUAUUUCUGUAAAACAUGCGUUUCUUAAAUACUGUUUGUGUGAUUUUUUUUUUGUUCACAAAACUUUUAAAACAGCAGAUGUCUGUGAGUGAGUGUGACUGCACGUAUUUGAAACCACAGACAUGUGGGAGGAUGUACAGUUACUGUAUAGGAAGUUUAAGUGGCUUAUAUGAAUUUGCAGAAUUGAUCUGCUUUCAUCUUUCUGCACUCCUUUUCAGCUACUACUCACUUUCAUGUACAGUAUGUGGCUCCAUGAGUCUGCAAAAACUGCACUUUCUCCUUUUUUUCAGCGGCCUCUUUCUCUCAGUUGGGUUUCCUUUGAUAUAUUGUUCCAAGAUUGCAGAGACAUUACUGUGACAAAUCUAAAUUGUGCAUGUAAAAUGGUACUACAGUAAAACUUAAAUGCUUUAAAGUU